AUGCCAAGUCAAGCUUCGCCCGCCGCAACCCUUUGUGCCACCGCCACCCGCCAGCUCGUCAAGCCUCAUGAGCAGCCCAAGCUGGCUUCUCCAACGCCCUUACCAGCUCUGCCCUCAUCGGUUGUCCCAUUGAUAGGGGCCAACCUCAACGACAGUGACCGAAACAGGAUUCAAGCCCCCAUCUCAAACAGCCACGCGCCUCUCUUCGCCACACACGAGCAAGACCUCGACCUUCACAUGGGGACGGACGACAGCAUCGACCCGGUUCCCAGAGCCACCCCAUACUGCCACCAGCCGUACGGCCAGUGCAACGACAAGCUCUACAAGUCGAGGCCACUGAUAGAUGGGCUGAAUCGGCAGUUUCAACUAGCCUAUGGUCUGAGACGAGAGGCCUGCGUCGACGAAUCCAUCAUACUCUUCAAAGGAAGAUCAUCAAUGAAGCAGUAUAACCCCAUGAAACCGAUCAAACGCGGCUACAAGAUUUGGUGCUUGGGAGAUAUGUCGGGAAAGGGCUACACGCUUUUCUUCGACAACUACUUCUCCUCCGUGCCACUGAUGGCGAAGUUGAAAAUGGAAAAAACAUGUGCCUGUGCCACAAUACGGAGCAACCGAAGGCAGCUUCCAGAACUUCGCUCUGACAAGAGCUUGACACGGGGAGAGCACGACUUCAAAACUACAGAGGAAGGAAUAACUCUCUUUAAAUGGAAAGACAACAAGGUAGUCUACAUUAUUUCGAACUACCAUGGCUGUGAAGUGGGAACUGUGGAAAGAACGGAGCGAGACGGCACAAAAAUAAUUGUCUCGUGCCCGACUGCGCUCUCGGACUACAACAUGUUCAUGGGAGGUAUUGACAAGGCAGACAUGCUACGGAGUAUGUAUGGAACCGACAGAAAAUCGAAGAAAUGGUGGCACCGUUUGUUUUUUGGUUUCCUGGACAUAUCUCUUGUAAACAGCUAUGUCGCCUACUGUGAGUUCAACGAAAAGAUCCCCUACCUGGACUACAAGCGCUCCGUUGUGAUGGGACUCCUCACCAUGGGACAGUCGUCUAGUCGAAAAAGGGAUUCAGGUAGCAAAGACGGUGGACAGUGUCUCAAGCGGCGCAAAUCCUCCUACUGA